GCGGAGUCCGUCCCUCGUUCUCUCUGAUCGGACCACCCCCACAAGCAUGGGGUAUCGCUGCCUGAGGUAUCCGUCGCAGGAGGGCUUGAAUCUGCUGGUUAGCCGAUCGGAGCCCCGACGACUCGCUCGAAAAAAGUCCCCAGGCUGUGGCGGGGCAACUCAACUUGUUCCCAGUCCAUACAUACUUAGCCACGAUACCCUCCUUCACAUUUCACAUUCUCCCCCCCCCGUAUAUUCUGUGAAUACAUAUCUUGUUCAUAUCUGCUAGAACUAUUAAUAUCCAUUACACACCACAUCCCCACCACACCAUGGAGGAGCUAUUAGCCAAGCACCGCAAGGAGCAAAAAGAGCUCCAGGGCCGAAUCACGCAGAAGAAGAAGUCCGCCACCAAGAAAACCCGCAAGGGCGUCAAUGACGAGUGCGAGCGAUGGCAAAGAGACCUCACCGAUCGGCAGCAGGCUGAGAUCGCACAGCUGAACGGCGAAUCCGAUCCCGUCGACGGCCUCGAAGACCUCAGUCUCCACGAACCCAAUGGGGACGCGGACGCGGACGACCCUGCCACCGCAAACCAACAACAACAACAACCUACACCUACAUAUACACCCGAUACCACGCCGUCGCAAAACACCCCCUCCGACGACUCGUCGCAAUCCUCCGGCUCUCGUGCCAAGAAACCCAAUCGCCAGAAAGCUCGUCUCGCGCGUCGGGCGGCCGAGCAAGCAGCCCAGGCGGAGAUCGCCGCGCAGGAGGCCGCACAGCAAACGGACCACCGUGGGAACGAGAAGGAGGUCAUGGACGGCGUGUUCAAGCGGCUGCAGCUGAAGGAGGUGGAGAUAAACCCUGAUGGACACUGUCUUUUCUCGGCCAUCGCGUGCCAGCUGGACGAGCAGGGGAUCGGGCUGAAACCCGACCCGAAGCGCAUGGUCCUCCAGGGGCCUACCCAGUCGCGCGUGGAUACGGUCGCCUCGCCCAAGCACGAUGGCUACCGGGCGGUUCGGGCGGUGGCGGCGGAUUUCAUCAGCGACCACAAGGAGGAUUUCGAGCCGUUCAUGGAGGAGCCCGUGGACCGGUACACGCGGAAGGUCAAGCUGACGGCGGAAUGGGGCGGACAACUCGAGCUACAGGCGAUUGCACGGGCAUAUGGCGUGGAGAUCAACGUGAUCCAGGGCGAUGGGCGGAUCGAAAAGAUCGAGCCAGACGAGACCGAUGAGCCCAGCGACGAAGAGGGAGGCAAGCGGGUCAUCUGGUUGGCAUACUAUAGACAUACAUACGGGCUUGGGGAGCAUUACAAUGCGCUCACCAAGCAGACAUAGAGGAGCGCGUAGAUACGCGCCCAAUCAACACUAGGUUAUUAGCCAUUCCAUACAGAUCAGGUUCCCGCGGGGUGUGUCGGAGAGCCCACGCCGGACGCAUCGACGGAUGCAACGCGCAGAAGAACUAUCCCAGUCAGCCAUGAGCACUGAGCAACCAGAAAGAAAGAAAGAAAGAAAGAAAAAAAAAGAAAAA